AUGGCUUCGUUUCAGAUGUACAAGACGCUUCUCUUCACCUCCAUUCUGUCCGCUGUACACGCACAGAAGGUCGGCACCCAGCAGGCCGAGGACCAUCCCAGCCUCACCUGGCAGACCUGCAACAGCGGCGGCAGCUGCACCACCGUCAACGGCGAGGUCGUCAUUGACGCAAACUGGCGCUGGCUGCACACAGUGGAAGGCUACACCAACUGCUACACGGGCAAUGAGUGGGACACCUCGAUCUGCACCAGCAACGAAGUCUGCGCAGAGGAGUGCGCGCUUGAUGGCGCUCAGUACUCUUCAACCUACGGCAUCACCACCUCCGGCAACUCGCUGCGUCUGAACUUCGUCACGCAGUCGCAGCAGAAAAGCAUUGGCUCCCGGCUCUAUCUCAUGGACGACGAAGACACAUACACCCUGUUCCACCUCCUGAACCGGGAAUUCACCUUCGACGUCGACACCUCCGAGCUGCCCUGCGGCCUCAACGGCGCUGUAUACUUCGUCUCGAUGGACGCAGACGGCGGCGUCUCGCGAUACCCCACCAACGAGGCCGGAGCCAAAUACGGAACAGGCUAUUGCGACUCGCAAUGCCCCCGCGAUCUCAAAUUCAUCAACGGCCAGGCCAAUGUCGAAGGCUGGGAACCCUCAGACACGAACCCAAACGCGGGCGUUGGCGGGCACGGCUCCUGCUGCGCCGAGAUGGAUAUCUGGGAAGCAAACAGCAUCUCGACCGCGUACACCCCUCACCCCUGCGACACGCCAGGCCAGACAAUCUGCACGGGGGACUCCUGCGGCGGGACAUACAGCGGCGAUCGGUACGGUGGCACCUGCGACCCCGAUGGGUGCGACUUCAACCCCUACCGCCAGGGCAACAAGACCUUUUACGGUCCCGGUAUGACAAUCGACACCAACAGCCCUCUCACGCUCGUAACGCAGUUCAUCACCGCCGACGGCACAGACACCGGACCCCUCUCUGAAAUUAAGCGCUUCUACGUCCAGAACGGCAGAACCAUCCCAAACUCAGAGUCCACCUGGUCUGGGAACUCUGGAAACUCCAUAACAACGCCCUUCUGCGAGGCCCAAAAGGAGCUCUUCGGUGACCCAGACUGGUUCACUCCCCAUGGUGGUCUUGCCGGGAUGGGCGCCGCGCUGGAACAGGGUAUGGUCCUUGUUCUGUCGCUGUGGGAUGACGACUAUGCGAACAUGCUCUGGCUGGACUCGAACUACCCUGUUGAUGCAGAUGCCAGUCAGCCUGGUAUUGCGCGCGGGUCGUGCCCGACGACCUCGGGGAAGCCUGAAGAAGUUGAGGCGCAGCAUCCGAAUGCCUAUGUUGUUUACUCUAACAUCAAGUUUGGGCCGAUUGGGUCGACUUUUUAG